UGAGGUCGUAACUGUGUAUUACGUACUACAACUUCGCAAGCGUGCCACCGACCUUUUGUUUUUCAAACACAGUAUUCUCAUAGUCUCAGGGACCGUUCGUAUCGCAUCUCCAUCCCUAGCAGUAAACAGCCAUCAUGAAACGGGAUACUAGAAAAGCUGGAAUCGACGCCUUGGCGGGAGCUUCAACUGACCGAGCACUUUCAAUCAAAAGCGUCGAUCAAGAAAAGGAGAAGGAUCUGUCCGAACUCCUCUUGCAAGCCGACUUUGCCGCUAUCGAGUCUCGCCUGUGCAAUCUGACGAGCUCCAGCAGCCUACUGUGCCGACCAAGCCUCUUUUACGAACUUUGCCGUACUCGCAACGUCCCACUUUCGACCUUACAAGCUGCCGCAGAAGCAUGGCCGUCGACCGUAGAGUAUAUUGACUUCCAUUCUGAACGAACUUCUUUACACGAGCUACUCUACCACGAUCCAGAAUGCAGGUCAGUUCAAUUCUUAAUACAGCAGAAUCCUGCGGCUACGACACGAAUAGACAAGGAAGGACGCUUACCACUACACCUGGCAACCGCUCUGGCAUCUUCCGAUUCUGGCUUGGUGACACUGCAAGCCAAUGUGCAAGCCGCAUGUUGCACCAACAAUCGAAUGGAAACACCGCUACAUCUUGCUUGUCAACGACGCGAUAUUUCGUCCAGUCUGGUUUGGAAUUUGAUUCAGUUAGCGCCAGAGUCGUGUCGGACACUCGACGUCAGUGGCCGUUUACCGAUCCGUCACGCAUGUGAAAAUCUCGCUGAUCCCUCCACCUUGUUGAUUUUGUUAAGAAGCUACCCGCAAUCAUGUCAAGUUUACAAUCCCCGAGGACUCAAGCCCUACAGCAUUUUACGCAAAUCAUGUUCUCACGGCUUGCCCGCUCGCGAUGCUCGGUGCCUACUUUUACGAAAGUUCAUUCAGUUACAGAGCGUCAAAACCAGCACGAAAACACGCAACACUCUGAAAUUUUUCUGGCAUGAUAUCCAUUCCUUCCACCGCAAAGUGUUAUCGCAGGGAUUGCGAAAGCAUGCUGGAAAGUCGGUCUAAUUAGGUUGCGCCGCGAAACACUGUCAACUUGAUUCGCUUCUAAUGCGGUGACAAAAUAUCUCGUAUUUAUCUGACCCCGCGCAGAUCAAGAACUGCAUCCAGACUUCGCCUCGCUGUCGUUUCUGAGGGAUUGGUUUUGUGUUGACCAUGAGUGUAAUCGUGUAAAAAUGGGUAGACAUGCUUCAGGUGGAGUGAGUUGGGUUAUUGUUUAUUGCAUAUUCAAAGCGCUACUCUAGCUAGCUAGAAGGAAGUCUUUCAAAUUC